CCUACGGAUCUCAUCCAGAUGCCUGCUCUCCUGCAUGCAGAAGAACCAGGUGGGUGUGAAGCACAAGGAUCAUCUCGCUUGUUCCGUCGCCUCUUGUUUCCGCCACCGUCACCGGGCAGUGCCCGACUCCCUGGCUCUUCUGGUACACUCACAGUUGCCUCCCUCAGCAUUAUUUGAAUGAUUACGCAUAACAAGAGCAACACGUCCCUUCUUCCUCUGUCCUCCUCCCCCGACUUCAGACCAAAUUUCCAACUCCUCUUCCGGUUACCAACACUAUAUUAAAAACAAAGAAUAGAACAAAGCCCUUCUCGAUUCCAUAACCCACAAAACCUCCAUGAAUUCACAAAAAGAAUUUAAGUUGCGUCUCCAUAAAACCCACGGCGUCCAGCCGACACUCCUCGGUUCCACUACGAAGCUCGGUCUCAAGAGCUCGAUAAUACCAUUAGAUAAGAUCAAGAAUAGGAGUGCGAGACAGACGAGGCAAUGGCGUCGCUCCACCGCCGCCGCCGCCACCUCUUCCUCUUCCUCUUCCUCUUCCUCCUCGCCCUAGUGCCAUGGGCUGCGGCAGCGUCGGAGGACGUGCCGGAGGCCGACGCCCUUCUCGCCCUCAAAGCCGCCAUCCAUGACCCCUCCGGGGCCCUCUAUGCCUGGAACUCUGCCGACGGCCAUUGCUCCUGGCCUGGCGUUGCCUGCGACCCUAUCCGAGUCUUCGUCCUCUCCCUGGACCUCACCGGUCUCAACCUCUCCGGCACUCUGUCCCCGGCCGUCGGCCGCCUCCACCACCUCGUCAACCUCUCCGCCGCCUCCAAUUCGCUAUCCGGUCCCCUCCCUGCGGAGUUAUCUCGCCUCUCCAACCUCCGCCACCUCAACCUCUCCAACAACCUUUUCAAUGGCUCCUUCCCCUCAGCUUUUUCGCGCCUCAAGAACCUCCUCGUCCUCGACCUCUACAACAACAACCUCGCCGGCACCCUACCGCCGGAGGUCUCCGAGCUCCCCAACCUCCUUCACCUCCACCUUGGCGGCAACUUCUUCUCUGGUGUCAUCCCGCCGGAGUUCGGCCACUGGGAAUUUCUCGAGUACCUCGCUGUCUCCGGGAACGAGCUCGGUGGCCCCAUUCCACCGGAGCUCGGCAACCUCACCCGCCUUCGCCAGCUUUACGUCGGCUACUUCAACAGCUUCGAGGGCGGCAUCCCGCCAGAGAUCGGCGGCCUCUCGGAGCUCGUUCGCCUCGACAUGGCCAACUGCGGCCUCACCGGCGAGAUCCCGCCGGAGCUCGGCAAACUCCAGAACCUCGAUACGCUCUUCCUCCAAGUGAACGGCCUCUCAGGCAGAUUACCGCCGGAGCUCGGUGGCCUCCGCAGCCUCAAGUCAAUGGACCUCUCCAACAACGCGCUCACUGGCGAGAUCCCCGGUUCCUUUGCCGAUCUCCAGAACCUAACCCUGCUCAAUUUGUUCCGGAACAAGCUCCACGGAUCUAUACCGGAGUUCGUCGGCGACCUGCCAGCGCUGGAGGUGCUCCAGCUCUGGGAGAAUAACUUCACCGGCGGAAUUCCCCGGCGGCUCGGUCACAGUGGCCGGCUCCAGAUUCUCGACAUCUCGUCGAACAAGCUCACCGGGACCCUGCCGCCGAACCUCUGUUUCGGCAACAGGCUGCAAACCCUCAUCGCCCUCGGUAACUUUCUAUUCGGCUCGAUACCGGAGACACUUGGCCAGUGUCAAUCCGUCAGCCGGAUCCGAAUGGGGGAGAACUACCUCAACGGAUCGAUCCCUGAUGGAUUCUUCAGCUUGCCCAAACUCUCCCAGCUGGAGCUCCAGGAUAAUCUACUCGCCGGCGUGUUUCCAGACACCGGCGCGGCUGCCAUCUCUCCGGACCUCGGCCAGAUUAACCUCUCCAACAACCGGCUCCUGGGGCCGCUGCCACCGUCUAUCGGUAACUUCUCUGGCCUCCAGAAGCUCCUGUUGAACCAGAACCAGUUCUCCGGCGGCAUCCCGCCCGAGAUUGGAAGGCUUCAGCAGCUGUCUAAGGUGGAUUUUAGCGGCAACCAGUUCUCCGGUCCGAUAGCAACCGAGAUUAGCCGGUGCAAGCUUCUAACUUUCGUGGACCUCAGCCGCAACAAGCUCUCCGGCGAAAUCCCACCGGAGAUUGCCGGUAUGAGGAUCCUGAACUACCUGAACUUGUCUAGAAACCAGCUCGAAGGGAGCAUUCCGCCGUCCAUCUCCACGAUGCAGAGCCUCACGGCGGUCGAUUUCUCCUACAAUAACUUCUCCGGCUUAGUCCCCGGCGUCGGCCAGUUCAGUUACUUCAAUGCGAGCUCGUUCGUUGGCAAUCCCGAACUCUGUGGGCCGUACCUCGGUCCCUGCAGCUCUAUGAUUCAUGGUGCCGGCUCUGUUCAUGCAAGGGUGCCACUUUCAGCCUCCUCUAAGCUGCUGUUGGUCAUUGGUCUCCUCAUCUGUUCCGUUGCCUUUGCGAUGGCCGCCAUCAUGAAAGCGCGGUCUCUAAAGAAGGCCAGCGAGGCCCGAGCGUGGAAGCUCACGGCUUUCCAGCGUCUCGGCUUCACCUGCGACGACGUCUUGGAUUGCCUCAAGGAGGAGAACAUCAUCGGUAAAGGCGGGGCGGGUAUCGUGUACCAGGGCAUCAUGCCCAACGGUGAACGGGUGGCGGUGAAGCGGCUCCUCGCUAUGAGCCAUGGCUCGUCGCACGACCAUGGGUUCUCGGCCGAGAUACAGACGCUCGGCAGGAUCCGGCAUCGCCACAUCGUCAGACUCCUGGGUUUCUGUUCGAACCACGAGACCAAUCUACUGGUCUACGAGUACAUGCCCAACGGGAGCCUGGGGGAAGUUCUUCACGGUAAGAAGGGCGGCCAUUUACUCUGGGAAACCCGGUACAAGAUUGCGGUGGAGGCGGCCAAGGGUCUCUGCUAUCUUCACCACGACUGUUCGCCACUGAUCCUGCACCGGGAUGUGAAGUCCAACAACAUCCUGCUCGAUUCAAACUUCGAAGCCCACGUCGCAGAUUUCGGGCUCGCCAAGUUCCUGCUGCAGGACGCCGGUGCCUCCGAGUGCAUGUCGGCCAUCGCCGGCUCCUACGGCUACAUUGCUCCAGAAUACGCAUACACGUUGAGGGUGGACGAGAAGAGCGACGUGUACAGUUUCGGCGUGGUUCUUCUGGAGCUGGUGACCGGAAGGAAGCCGGUGGGCGAGUUCGGUGAAGGCGUCGACAUCGUCCAAUGGGUUCGAAAGAUGACGGACUCCAACAAGGAGGGAGCGCUGAAGAUUCUGGAUCCCAGGCUUCCCACGGCCCCCCCGGACGAGGCCAUGCACGUCUUCUACGUCGCCACGCUGUGUGUACAGGAACAGAGCGUGGAACGCCCCACGAUGAGGGAGGUUGUCCAGAUUCUUACGGAUCCGCCGAAACAGGGAGAAGACCGCGAGACGCCCAUCAAGGAAGCGGAGCAGCAGCAAGCAGCACAAAGCACACCACCGCCUGAUCUCCUCAGCGUUUGAAUUGCUGGGGAUCCAAAAGUUUUGCUCCACGCAGGGCUGGGGAGAACUCUUCUCUACGGCUGAAGCGGUGGGGGGUUUAGGUUACUACGUAAUUUGGUUUCAGGUCCUCUAUUGUGUGCGUGAUCCUCGUAGCUCUUCACAUGCUGUGCUGCAGGUGGUGAUGGUUGUGUAGACAUCAAGGAGAGUUGUGGUUCUCUGUUGCCUGUUCAUGGAAAUUAGUAGGAUGAAAAGUUUAUGGA